UGCUUGUCUCCAACGAAUGCAUCUAUCCACGGAACGGACCAACCAACCACUUGCAUUUUUUGGACAGCAUGCGCGCGCAUGCCAUCUCGUCGGCUACUGAAGUACUACGUACUAGCGUCCACGCCUCUGGCCUGCUGCACUCCAUCUCCAUCCCACCUCAUGAAUCCCAGCGAGCCAUCCCAUUAAUUCCCAUAAGCACUGUACUGUGCCUGCGCCUACCGACGAGCAUUGCUGCUGCCUCGGCCAGUCGGCCGGCAUGGCGGCAGCGCCGGUGGAGGUGGGCGCGCAGGGCACGGUGGGCUCGCUGGUGCUCCGGGAGGUCGAGUACUUCCGGCGGAUGGAGGUCGCCGGCGGCCACGGCAAGAAGAGCAGCAGCAAGGUCGUUGGAGCCAGCGGCGGCAGCGGCAGCGGCAGCCCGUGGAGCGACAGCGGCAAGAAGCCGAAGCCGACGACGAAGAAGAAGGGUGCCGUAGCAGCAGGCAAUGGGUCCUUCUUGCCGAGGAUGUGCUCGUCGGCGGAGGUCGCCGAGGACCCCGGCAGCGGCCGGAGGGAGCGGCCGUCCAGGGUCCGCUACCGGCCUCUGGGCGACGACGACGGGGACGCUCUGCCUCAGCAGGACUAGCUGAUCAGAGGGAUAUGUGCUGCAUUAUUAUUCUUCUUCUGUAUCAGAUUCAGAUCCGGAGAAAUCUGUGCCGAUACUAGGUACUGGAUGCCAUUUUUCUCCUCCGUUUCUUUUGGCUUCCCCUCCGCUUGUUCAGUGUUAGUAACAUCUAGGACUAUUAGUAGAUGAGAAAAGUAUUUGAUAUUAUGACGACUGUGGUUUGACUCGUAUCCAUCUCAGGCUGUUUUGGCUGUUUGCGUUUCA